CCGUUGCUCACUUGCUGCGUUAGGCGGGAGGAGACGCGUGUUUGUUGGGGAUUGAUGGAGGAGGCGCGUUGUGUCCAUCCCGUGUCAAACCGUCCCGCGCGGGGCCUGACGCUUCUCUCCUUGGCAAAGCGGCAGGAGCRCGAGCAGGAUGGCGGGCAACAGCCUGGUGCUGCCCAUCGUGCUGUGGGGCCGCCGCGCGCCCACGCACUGCAUAUCCACGCUGCUGCUCCUCGACGACGCCUCCACCGUCGUCACGGGCUGCCACGACGGGCAGAUCUGCCUCUGGGACCUCUCUGCAGAGCUCGAGAUCAAUCCCCGAGCCCUGCUGUUUGGCCACACCGCCUCCGUGACUUGUUUGUCCAAGGCGUCUGCCUCCAGCGAGAAGCAGUACAUCGUGAGCGCCUCGGAAAGCGGGGAGAUGUGUCUGUGGGAUGUGAAUGAUGGGAGAUGCAUAGAGUUUACCAAAUUAGCCUGCGCACACACUGGCAUCCAGUUCUACCAGUUCACUGUUGGGAACCAGCGUGAAGGGAGGCUCUUGUGCCACGGGCACUACCCAGAAAUUCUCGUUGUGGAUGCUACCAGCCUUGAAGUUCUUUACUCUUUACUAUCAAAGAUAUCUCCUGACUGGAUCAGCUCCAUGAGUAUCAUUCGGUCCAACAGAACCCAAGAGGACACUGUUGUAGCUGUUUCGGUGACUGGCAUCCUGAAAGURUGGAUCAUAACCUCGGACAUCAGUCGCAUGCAGGAUGCUACCCCAGUAUUUGAAGAGGAGUCUAAGCCUAUUUAUUGUCAAAACUGUCAGAGCAUUUCUUUCUGUGCGUUCACCCAGCAGUCGCUGCUGGUGGUGUGCUCCAAGUACUGGAGGGUGUUUGAUGCUGGCGAUUAUUCCCUCUUGUGCUCAGUCCCUAGUGAGAACGAGCAGACCUGGACUGGGGGGGACUUCGUGUCAGCUGAUAAGGUGAUUGUGUGGACAGAAGAUGGACAGAGCUUCAUCUACAAACUGCCAGCCAGUUGUCUACCAGCUAGCGACUCCUUUCGCAGUGGUGUUGGAAAAGCGGUGGAAAAUUUAAUCCCACCUUUACUGUACAGUGUAUUGGACAGAGCAGAUAAGCAGUUACUGAUAUGUCCUCCAGUAACUCGAUUCUUCUACGGCCGCGGCGAGUUGUUCAAGAAGCUGCUGAUCCAGGGGGACUCCUCGGGGCGCCUGUGCAUCUGGAGCGUGCCCGAGGCCCUGGAGCAGCGGGACAGCGCGGCAGGACUACAAGCAACAACUUCAAUAUCCCUACAGGAAGCCUUUAAUAAGCUGAGCCCUCACCCCGCUGGCAUUAUAGACCAGCUAAGCUUAGUACCAAACGUGAAGGAGCCGCUCAAGGUGACGGCCAGCGUGUACAUCCCGGCGCACGGGCGCCUGGUGUGCGGCCGCGAGGACGGCAGCAUCGUCAUCGUGCCGGCCACGCAGACGGCCAUCGUGCAGCUCCUGCAGGGCGAGCACAUGCUGAGGAGAGGUUGGCCCCCUCACCGGACUCUCCGAGGCCAUCGAAACAAAAUUACAUGUUUACUGUAUCCUCACCAGGUUUCUUCUCGUUAUGAUCAAAGGUAUUUGAUCUCAGGUGGUGUGGAUUUCUCAGUCAUCAUAUGGGAUAUAUUUUCUGGAGAGAUGAAACAUAUCUUCUGUGUGCAUGGUGGAGAAAUUACACAGCUUCUAGUUCCACCAGAAAACUGUAGCGCGCGAGUCCAGCACUGCGUGUGCUCCGUUGCCAGCGACCACUCCGUGGGCCUCCUGAGCCUGCGGGAGAAGAAGUGCAUCAUGCUGGCCUCCCGCCACCUCUUCCCCAUCCAGGUCAUAAAGUGGAGGCCCUCGGAUGACUACCUGGUGGUGGGGUGCUCCGACGGGUCUGUGUACGUCUGGCAAAUGGAUACUGGAGCGCUGGACAGGUGCGUGAUGGGCAUCACGGCCGUGGAGAUCCUGAGCGCCUGCGACGAGGCGGUGCCGGCCGCCGUGGACGCCCUCAGCCACCCGGCCGUCAACCUCAAGCAGGCCAUGACCCGCCGCAGCCUGGCCGCCCUCAAGAACGUGGCCCACCAGAAGCUGCAGACUCUGGCCACCAACCUCCUGGCUUCGGAAGCCUCCGACAAGGGGAAUUUACCUAAGUACUCCCAUAACUCCCUGAUGGUUCAAGCUAUAAAGACCAACCUAACGGAUCCGGAUAUACACGUGCUGUUCUUUGAUGUAGAAGCGCUGAUUAUUCAGCUGCUGACGGAGGAGGCCUCUCGGCCCAGCGCUGCCCUUAUUUCCCCGGAGAAUUUGCAGAAAGCCUCCGGCAGCUCUGACAAAGGCGGCUCCUUCCUGGCUGGUAAGCGAGCAGCAGUUCUCUUCCAGCAGGUCAAGGAGACCAUCAAAGAGAAUAUAAAAGAGCAUCUUCUCGACGAUGAAGAUGAGGAUGAAGAAUCAAUAAGACAAAGAAGAGAAGACGGUGACCCAGAAUACCGCUCCAGCAAAUCCAAACCAUUGACCUUGUUAGAAUAUAAUCUAACCAUGGACACGGCAAAGCUCUUUAUGUCCUGUCUUCACGCGUGGGGCUUGAAUGCUGUCCUGGAUGAGCUCUGCCUGGAUCGCCUUGGGAUGCUCAAGCCGCACUGCUCCGUGUCCUUCGGCCUGCUGUCCCGAGGCGGCCACAUGUCCCUCAUGCUCCCUGGCUAUAACCAGGCCAUAGGUAAACAGUCGUAUGAGAGUGCACAGGUGGGAAGGAAAAUGUCCAUUACCGAGGGCCUGGGAAAGGGGACAUACGGCGUGUCCCGUGCUGUCACCACCCAGCAUCUCCUCUCCAUCAUUUCCCUGGCAAACACACUGAUGAGUAUGACUAACGCAACGUUUAUUGGAGACCAUAUGAAGAAAGGUCCCACCAGGCCUCCUAGACCAGGAACUCCUGAGAUGACAAAAAUGAAGGCCCCCCCUUCAAUAUCAAGUCAUGCAGCUCAAGGACAAAUUAAGCAAGUUGCUCCUGCUGUUUCUUCUAGCACUGAAGCUGCUCACUCUGGCUCUGACCCUGCUCCUACUUUACAUACCUGUUUCUUAGUAAAUGAAGGCUGGAGCCAGCUGGCCGCCAUGCACUGCGUCAUGCUGCCGGACCUGCUGGGGCUCGACAAGUUCCGACCUCCCCUCCUGGAGAUGCUGGCUCGCCGCUGGCAGGACCGGUGCCUGGAGGUGCGGGAGGCAGCGCAGGCGCUGCUGCUCGCCGAGCUGCGCCGCAUCGAGCAGGCCGGCCGCAAGGAGACCAUCGACGCGUGGGCGCCCUACCUGCCGCACUACAUCGACAGCCUCAUCUCGCCCGGCGUGACGACGGAGGCGCUGCAGACGGGCAGCGGCAGCCCCGACACGGCGGGAGCCGAGGCCAAGGUGCAGGAGGAGGAGCACGACCUGGUGGACGACGACAUCGCCGCAGGUUGCCUGUCUGGAGUCCCACAAAUGAAAAAAAUCUCCACGUCGUACGAGGAGAGGAGGAAGCAGGCGACGGCCAUCGUGCUGCUCGGCGUCAUCGGCGCCGAGUUUGGCGCCGAGAUCGAGCCCCCGAAGCUGCUGACGCGGCCGCGCAGCUCCAGCCAGAUUCCCGAGGGAUUCGGGUUGACCAGCGGUGGAUCUAACUAUUCCUUGGCCAGGCACACCUGCAAGGCGCUGACGUUCCUGCUGCUGCAGCCGCCGAGCGCCAAGCUGCCCGCGCACAGCACCAUCCGCCGCACCGCCAUCGACCUCAUCGGCCGCGGCUUCACCGUCUGGGAGCCCUACAUGGACGUCUCGGCCGUGCUCAUGGGGCUGCUCGAGCUCUGCGCCGACGCCGAGAAGCAGCUCGCCAACAUCACGACGGGGCUGCCGCUGAGCCCGGCCGCCGACUCGGCGCGCUCGGCGCGCCACGCGCUCUCGCUCAUCGCCACGGCCCGCCCGCCCGCCUUCAUCACCACCAUCGCCAAGGAGGUGCACCGGCACACGGCGCUGGCCGCCAACACGCAGUCCCAGCAGAACAUCCACACGAGCACCCUGGCGCGCGCCAAGGCGGAGAUCYUGCGCGUCAUCGAGAUCCUCAUCGAGAAGAUGCCGACCGACGUGGUGGACCUGCUCGUGGAGGUUAUGGACAUCAUCAUGUACUGCCUGGAAGGAUCUCUGGUCAAGAAGAAGGGUCUGCAGGAGUGCUUUCCAGCCAUCUGCAGGUUCUACAUGGUCAGCUACUACGAGCGGAGCCACCGGAUCGCGGUGGGCGCUCGCCACGGCUCCGUGGCGCUCUACGACAUCCGGACCGGGAAGUGCCAGACCAUCCACGGGCACAAGGGACCCAUAACGGCCGUCGCCUUCGCCCCCGAUGGCCGCUACCUCGCCACCUACUCCAACUCGGACAGUCACCUCUCCUUCUGGCAGAUGAACACGUCGCUGCUGGGCAGCAUCGGGAUGCUCAACUCGGCGCCGCAGCUGCGCUGCAUCAAGACGUACCAGGUGCCGCCGGUGCAGCCCGCCUCGCCGGGCUCGCACAACGCGCUGCGCCUCGCCCGCCUCAUCUGGACCUCCAACCGCAACGUGAUCCUCAUGGCGCACGACGGCAAGGAGCACCGCUUCAUGGUGUAGCGCCGCGCGGGGCCCAGCCGUGCUCCCGCGCCCGGGAAUGGGCCCGUCCCUCCUCCCUGCGUGUGUGUCACCCGCCAGCAGCCGCCCGUUCCCAGCACGGGGCGGGUUGGAGCUGCUGGGAGAGCCCCACGGCUCCGCAUUGCGGCUCCGCAUUGCGGCUCCGCGUGGCCAGGCGCCUCCCUGCAGCGCCCGCCGGGCAGCGCCAGCUCUGGA